AAAAAUCGUACAUUCAUGUUAAUCUCAGAUAAUUAGACUAUAGGAUAUGAGAAUGGAUAUAAGUGAUGGAAUAGAUAUUGUUUUUAUGUCCUCGUCUGCCGUAUUUGGGAUUUUUGGUAAUGGAAUGAUCAUCAUGGCAAUCAUAUAUGACAAAAAUCUAAGAGUGACUUCCAAUAUUUUCACGGCUUGUAUUGCUAUAGCGGAUAUAUGUAUGUUAUGUAUUGUGAACCCCAUCGCAGUGAAUAACGUCAUCCAAGGACGAAAUACGUUAUCGGAUGUACUAUGUGACUUCAAUGCAGUUGCGAUCGUUGUCACAUGUGGUGUUUCUAUCAACACAUUGGGAGUACUUGCAGUGAAUCGUUACUUCUAUAUUUGCAACACAAAAUGGUACAACGUGUUGUUUACGCGAACUAAAUCAUUAAUCAUUGCUUUUGCGACGUGGUUGUAUUGUGGGUUAUGGAUUUCCCCGGCAUUUUACGGUUGGACUCGGGUCAAUUACAAUGACAAGAUGCUCCUUUGUCUUUAUGAUGAGACGUAUAGCCUUAGCUAUACAUUAUCGCUAAGUGCUAUAUGUGUAGGAUUACCUGCUAUUGUGACCAUUAUCAGUUAUACGAAAACAAUCACAGUAAUACGCAAAAGUGCAGUUUCAGUAACAAAUCACAAAGAGGUCAAAAACACGUCGAACUCAAAAAACGAUGCAGCCAGAAAUAAGCAAAGGCAAUUUCGUCAAGUUUUGUUGUUCUUCUUCGUUUCUAUAUUAUUUCUCGUGUUUUGGUCACCUCAUGCUAUUGCCUCUGUGUUGGAUUCUAACGACAGCAUUCCACCCUGGGUUAUACGUGUCACUACACGGCUGGGAGUCUCAAAUUCAUGUGUAAACUGUGUUGUAUAUGGAGUCCUAAAUAAACAUUUCAGAAGUGCAUAUAAGAAAAUUAUAUUUUUCUGGAAACGAGAAAAUUCAUUACAUGAAGA